AUGGCGAUGAAUCUGAUCUUCAUAAUAACUGCUGCUGGAAUGGCGACUCGCUAUGAUAACAACGCUUGGGGAGAUUCCGCAGUAAUUUAUCAAGGCAAUUGCGGCACCGUCAAACGAUGGGACCUUGGAUUGCACUUGAUUAUUAACGUUCUGAGCACGUUGCUUCUGGCUGCCAGCAAUUACUGCAUGCAAACACUGGUAGCUCCAACACGAGAAGAAGUAGACAAGGCUCAUGCGCGUGGCAAAUGGCUGGACAUCGGAGGUGCUAGUAUAAAGAACCUUCGUGCGAUCGGGAGAGAUCGACUUUGGCUCUGGAUUACAUUGAUGCUAACAGCAACGCCCUUUCACCUAAUGUAUAACUCUAUAGUCUUCGGGUCGUUGUCCGAAGAUAUCGUUGAAACCUUUGUCGCACCGAAAGAUCUGAAUUCCUCCAACGUAUAUUCUCUUACUAGUCCAGCGCUUGAUAAAUGCUUUGCGAUUUGGAAAGACAUAAUUCCUAUAAUUGCAAGUGGGAUUUACGAACGACAUGACUGGGCCGCAUGUUCUUCUGUCGGUAGCUGGAAUUCUACUUAUUCCGUACUUAUUAUCCUUGCUGAGAAUUUAACCGUGAGUGACGGGGGAAAUUCAUCGAUUCUGAACACACCGGGACCUUACCUUGGGAACCACAUCGUUGAAGCUGCUCCCUUUUUCAAUGAAAGUGCAGGGGUUGGUGCUUCUACACAAUGCCAAGAUAUAUACUUCUCGGCGGUAUCUGAUUAUACGGCCAAUGAAUGCCUGAUUAUCAAAGAUCCAGGACAUUGUCAAUUACUGUACAGCCCACCUAUAUGCCUUGCAAUUGCGCUUGCCAUAUUUGUGAAGGUCUCUGCCAUGUUUCUGGCUGCUCGGAUAGGCCGCAACAGAUCGCCGCCUCUUCUCACUGUUGGAGAUGCCAUAUCAUCAUUCCUAUCAAAGCCUGAUUACACUACAAAAGACAUAUGUUGGCUGUCAAGCAAAGAUGCCCGUAAUGGAACUUGGAGUGGACCGCGUGAAGAGAACACCACUCCCAUUUAUAAUUCACUCUCAAAGCCGCAACUCUGGUUGCAGGCGACAACUUGUUGGAGAUGGAUUGCAACUCUUUUCUUAUGGCUUUCAACCCUUUUCGCGGGAAUCGCUCUGUUUUUCAUUAGUGUUCGUGCAGCCUACACAUGGAGUGGAAAUUGGAUUUCAGCAAAUCAGCUCAAAAAUCUUUUCUCAUCAAAUGUGAAUUUAGACGAUUAUCAAGAAGUCUUCGGAAUUCCUAUCCAAGGGAUGUUACAGUCUGUUGUACUUGCCAACGUACCGCAGCUUGUGGUAACCAUGUGCUACUACUGUUAUAACGCGGUACUUACCAGUAUGCUAGCUGCUACUGAGUAUAGCACCUAUGGAAUCGAACGCAAGGCGCUUCGUGUCACUUGGCCUAUUAAGGAAAGCCAGCAGCGAUCGACAUACUAUCUCAGCAUUCCGUAUCGCUACGGUGUGCCUGUCCUUUUCCUAUAUAUGACCCUCCACUGGACAAUUUCUCAAUCUAUCUUCUACCUGGCAAUAGAUUUUUACGAAGUGGGCAAAGAGUCCAAAGACGGUAGACUUGGUUUCUCCCCUAUUUUCAUUCUCUUAUCCAUCUUGGUCGGGGCUGUCAUGAUACUUACAUUGUGCAUAUUGGCAUUCAAGCGACUCAAGUCAAAUGUGCCAUUAGCUGGGUCUUGUUCCGCUGCCAUCAGUGCCGCCUGCCAUGCACCAACCCAGGAGGACUCGGAUACUGCAAUCCGGAGCAAAGUGAAGUGGGGUCAGACAACCGGUCUGCCGUUCGGGUUUAUCGACUCUGAGGGAGGUGAGAAGGGACAUUGCAGCUUUACAUCAUUAGAUACCGUGAAGCCCACCCUGACUAAACUAUACGCUUGA